AUGUCGACUUUAAGCCUCCCGCCGGUUCCCGUCUUCCCCAAAGACGAUGCUGUUCAGAUUCACCAAGCUUUUAAGUGGUUGGGAUGCGAUGCUAAAGCAGUAAUCAGUAUAAUUGCCCAUCGAGAUGCUACUCAGCGUUCUUUAAUUCAACAUGAGUAUAAAGAACUCUAUUCUGAAGACCUUCUCAAACGACUGGCUUCCGAACUUCAUGGAAGAUUAGAGACAGCUAUGUUGAUGUGGAUGCAUGAUCCGGUAGGACGUGAUGCCAUAGUGAUAAGGAAGGGACUAUUACCAGCCGUAAUCGAUCUUUGUGCUGCAACAGAAGUUAUAUGUUCUCGCACUCCGUCCCAGAUUCAAUUAAUCAAAGAAACUUACCAGUACAAGUUCGGGGUUUCCAUCGAGCAAGAUAUCGGAAAACACACCUCCGGUCAUCAUAAAAAGCUCUUGGUUGCAUAUGUAACUACACCGCGUUACGAAGGCUUCGAAGUGGAUAUGGAGAUGGCCAUGAAGGACGCAAAGGACAUGUACGAAGCAGGGGAGAAGAGAUGGGUAGCUGAUGACAAAACUUUUAUACGCAUAUUGAGUGAAAGAAGUAGUGCACAAUUAGCAGCUACUUGCACUGCUUAUCACGACUUGUAUGGAGGCCCCUUACAAAAGGUUGUGAAGGGUAAAACAUCCGGGAAGCUCCAGCAUGGUCUCUUGACAAUUUUAAAAUGCUCUCUUAAUCCCGCAGAGUACUUUGCUAAGGUUCUUCGUAAGGCAAUGAAGAACAGCGAUGACCUUACACUUAUGAGGGUGAUCGUUACACGAACCGAAAACGAUAUGCAGUAUGUCAAAGCCGAGUACCUGAGAAAAUACAAAAAGACCUUGGACGACGCGGUUCACUCCGCAACAUCCGGACAUUACAGGACUUUUCUUCUUGCUCUUUUGGGACCGAAAUGUUAGUGUGAAA